AUGAUUCUGGUCGCCUGUAGGGCCGCCGUGGUGGAAGAGGUCAACGACAACCAGCUUCCAAUGGAGCCGCUCCACUACCCCGCGGUGGCGAUAGGGGCUGAAGAGCUAACCCCCAUGGCGACAGGCAGAUCUGUGCGGCGGAUGGGGCACUCGCAGCCGGGAGCGAUGAUGAACCACAAGCAUCUAAGCAAUCUAUUGAUCAGAUUGAUCCAAAAACUCCAGGCUGGACUCGAAGUGAAUGAUGAUGCUAAUUCUGCGAGUAACAGUGGGAACAGACUCGUUGGUUUGUUGGCGCCAAAGAAACGGAAAGAAAUGGGGUGCCCAACAACCAGCUGGGAGAAGGCACCGUACGAGGGGCUGAGCAAGUGGACGAGGUUCUGCAGCAUAUGUCGCAAGCAGGGCCACAAACGGACUACUUGCCCGGACCGUGGUGAUGCCCCGAAGCCUGUUCGGAAACCAGCAAGGUGCAAAAGUUGUGGAAUUGAAGGUCACAGGCGAAACAACUGCCACAAAGUGGGUGAUCUGCGGAUGACUGGCAUGUGAGCAGUUGCAGGACCCUGUCUGUCAAGACUAGAAAUAUGUAGAACUUAAUGUGUGCGGCUGUAGUUCCAUCAGUAGAACUCCUCUAGUGUCAUGCUUGUUGAGUGUGUUCGACUGCUGCUAUGCAUGGCAGAAUCAAAUAUGGAUUAUCAGAAAUAAUGUAUGCUUGAAUUGGUCUGAAUGUCAACGUAUUAGUAUU